CUGGGCCUGAAAAAGGAUUAAUUCAUUUUUUCUUGUAUGGGCUUACACCUACACUAGAAAGAUGAUCAAGGUUCCAAGUGAAGGAGUAUCGCUCCUGGUGAAGGACAGAGUCCCACCAGGAACACCUCCCAGAACACACAAGAUUCUAGAAAGUCAGGUCAAGAAAAGUGACAGCACUGAUUUCCCUGGAGUUCCCAGUAAAUCAGCUCCUGUUUUUUCAACACCUAUGGAUUCAAAAAUAAAAGCCUGUCAAAGCACUCAGCAAAGCGAAGAUAUAGAUUCUCCCCAAACUACUCCUGAUGUGUCGAUUCCUUUGCUAACUCAAUCCAACAAUUGGCAAGGUAAAACUGCAAGCACAAAGAAGAGCGCAAAAAGACCUCCAAAACCCCUCUUGUUUAAGAGUGUUUCGGAAGGAGACACAGAGGCAUUGAAAAGACUCCUGGAAGAGGCAAAUGAAUCUUCCAAAGGACUUACAGAGAAAGCAGCUCAAGAUUUUUACAUGAGCAAACUGACAGCAAGGGACACUGGAAAAACGUGCUUGAUGAAGGCCUUGUUAAACAUUAAUGACAGCACAGCUGAUAUAGUGGAAACUUUGAUUACGUUCGCUGAGAAAAAUGGAUUCAUGGAGAGAUUUGUUAAUGCAGAGUAUACAGAAGAGAAUUAUAAAGGUCAAACAGCAUUGAAUAUAGCCAUUGAAAGGAGGCAAAGUGACCUUGUGAGAUAUCUUAUUGAGAAAGGAGCUAACAUCAAUGUGCGUGCGAAGGGACGUUUCUUUAACCCGAAGAAUAAACAUGAAGGAUUUUACUUUGGUGAAACACCAUUAGCACUUGCUGCAUGUACCAAUCAGCCAGAGGUGGUACAAAUGCUUAUGGAGAACAGUCAGACUAAUGUUGCCAUUCAGGACUCCCUGGGAAACACUGUACUCCAUGCCUUAGUGACCGUAGCAGAAAAUUCUCAAGCACAAAAUGCCUUUAUAAUACGCCUGUAUGAUACAAUUCUGAAAACCUGUAAAAACAAGUCUUUGGAAAACAUUGUCAAUAAUGAAGGUCUCACAUCAAUGCAACUCGCUGCGAAAACUGGGAAAACAGAGAUCCUUCAUUACAUACUCAGUCGAGAAAUAAAGGAAAAAGAAAACAUGGUCUUGUCUAGAAAGUUCACGGACUGGGCUUAUGGACCAGUCUCUUCCUCCCUGUAUGACUUGAGUGAUAUCGACAGCUGUUCUCGGAAUUCAUUACUUGAAAUUGUGGUUUACAACACAAACAUAGACAAUCGUCAUGAACUGUUGGCAUUGGAACCACUUCACACAUUACUUCAAAUGAAAUGGAAAACAUUUGCAAGAUACAUGUUCUUCAUGUCAUUUCUGUUUUCCUUCACGUACAAUAUCGUCCUCACACUAGUGUCUUACUACCGACCCAGAGGAGAACAGGCACUGUAUCCAUUAAGCCUAACAUAUGAAAAAGGAUGGUUGCAGCUGAUAGGACAAAUGUUUGUUAUUGUUUGUGCCACAUACUUAAUGAUCAAAGAGGGGGUUGUCAUAUUCUUGGUAAAGCCAUCAGACCUGAGAUCCGUUAUGUCAGAUGCUUGGUUCCAUGUCCUUUUUUUCAUACAAGCAGUCUUGGUUAUAUUAUCAGUACUCUGCUACAUGUUCGGUGUGAAGGAAUAUCUGGCAUUUCUGGUGUUAUCUAUGGCACUUGGCUGGGCAAACAUGCUCUAUUACACAAGAGGGUUCCAGUCACUGGGCAUCUACAGUGUGAUGAUCCAAAAGGUCAUAUUAAAUGAUGUUUUGAAGUUCCUGUUUGUCUACAUUCUGUUCCUGUUUGGAUUUGGCGUAGCACUGGCAUCAUUAAUUGAACAGUGUGCAGAUGGAGAUGAGUGCAGUGCCUAUAAAAGUUUCAGUGCAGCUAUUGUGGAAUUAUUUAAACUCACCAUUGGUCUAGGAGACCUGGAGAUCCAGCACGAUUCAAAAUAUCCCGUCCUAUUCCUGCUGCUGCUAAUAACAUAUGUUAUACUGACAUUUGUUCUUCUUCUCAACAUGUUAAUUGCAUUAAUGGGAGAAACGGUGGAAAAAGUUUCAAAGGAGAGUGAACACAUUUGGAGGUUGCAGAGAGCCAGGACAAUUAUGGAGUUUGAAAAAAGCUUGCCAACAUGGCUGAAGGGUAAAUUUCAGCUUGGAGAACAAUGCACUGUUUCUAAAUGUGACAACAGAACAUGUUUAAGGAUCAAUGAAGUGAAGUGGACAGAAUGGCACAACCAUGUUACCUGCAUAAAUGAAGAAAUGCCACCUGGAGCCAAUAAUGGCUAUAUUACCUCUGAAGAUGAACUUGACAGCUUUGAAAAUGAUCAAGACGUUACAAUCAACUUUCCUGAGCCAAAUGCUAGAUUUCAUAAUAUCAGCAAUUGUACUGUAGUAGAAUCAACUGUUUAGUUUUAUUAUUUAUACUAGUGAGUAUUGUCUGUUAGGCACAUUUGUAACAUAAUGCACAAACCAGACUUAGACAAAAGCCAAAGUGUUAAAAGUCUAUUAUGACCUUAAACUGUGAAGAAAUAGGUUAAUGUAAUUUAAUAUUGUUCAAUUUAUAGUUGAAAAUGUGAAUAGUGAUGGUGCUUAGUUCUGCUGCUAAUGCUGGUACAUUUCUGAAAUGAAUCAGAUUGAAAGAAAUUCCUAAAUUAAUCUAACAACAAAGCCCUAGUUUACAUUGAGUUAGUACAAUUUUGGAAACUGGUGAUACAAAUAUUUGUCUCCAUUAAAGUCUAGAGAGAUUUUGCUAAGUUUCAUUAAUAUACUCCAUAUCUUCUGCCCUGACCUUCAUAAUUAUAAUCUAUCUUUAUAAACAAGGACAUAGGCUUGAUAGAAGUUUAAAAAAAAAUGCAAAUAAAAGAGCACUAUUUAAAUAUUAAAAAUUAUUUUUAAAAAAAUGCUUAAAGAAAUUUGGAUUUUAACAAAAAUCUACUACUUUUAAAAUAUAUGACAAACUAAAAAUACACUUCAAUAUCCAUUUAAAAAGGGUUGUAGCCAGAAGCCAGUUUUCAUUACAAAUUCUCACAAAUCUGUAAGAUGAUCACAAUGUAUGUGGUGAGAUCUAUGGUAAAACUGUGUACUUACAUAAGAUGGCUCUAUUUAUAUGUGAGAUGUGGGUAAAAUGAAACCAAACAGGUAAUCAUAGUGGAGAAUGUUGGAUGAGGGCUGCUUUGUCUUUUUGGUUAAACUAAUAUGAAUAAAGCCAGCAUAUAUCACUUAGGGCAUAAACACUGACGUUCAUAACAAUGAAGGGUGAGUCAAAUACAUUUCAGAAGUAAAAUUGACUAUAUAGUAGGAUUAUUUUUACUAAACUAUUACAUAAGGAAUGCAGUUUAUAUGAUUCCUAGCAGGCUUUAAUGCAUUCUCAUAAAUAGUCUUCUAGUGAAUGAAACAGUUCAUAGAAGGAUUUUCUGUUUUAUAAACUGACUGUAGGAUGAUUUGGUCUACAAUUAUCUAGUAGUCGAUCUAAACAAACACCUUUGCAAUAAUUACACAGGUAUUUCUAAUGAGCUUUUAAAAAAUACACUUUUUUCAGACAUAUUUAUUUAACAAAUGUAUUAUUUUUAUAAUUAAUUUUUCAUUAUUUUUGUACAUUUUGUAUUAGAUGAAAUUGCAUAUAAAAUAAAUGUUUUAAUAAUCAGUAAAGACAAACAGAACAGCACAUAUCUAAUUUACUCUUCCAAUAAGAGGAUUGUUCUUUCCUGACAAGAUCUAUUAUUUAUUGUAUGUUGUGUUACGUAACUAACAAGUAUUUUGUGCUACAUACACUUUUAUUCUGUAUAAUGAAAUAUGAAAUAUAUUUAUUGCAUGAUCAAAUGUAACUAUUUUUUUUUUACAGAAAUUGCUUAUAGCAAUGUGUUUAUUUAUGAAAAAUAUGUUUUAAUGUAUGUUUUAUGUACUACCCCCAGAUUUUAUUUACUGUGACUUUUGUUUUUAUUAAAUGUUUGGUAUUUUUUUGUAAUAAUUCUGCAAUUGUAGACAUUACAAAUUAAUUGCAACAAUGUAGUAGAAAUAGUGGCCUAAGGUGCCAAAUCAGCCAAUAGCAUCUUUUAAUUUAUAGUUUCAAUAUUUAUUUCAAGAACAAUUGUAUUUUACUUUAUUGUAAUAUGGAAAUUCUAGCAACAAUGAAAUGUACACUCUGUUGUUUAGACUCUUGAAUGACCUUACAUAUCCUUCUGCGAGACUUGAAUAAACAAAAUACUGACAACAA